AUGGCUUCCACCACAGUUGCCGCCGCUGCAUCAUCAUUCAUCGGGACACGAAUCUCCGAUGCCAACUCGAAUUCGGGCAAAGUCCAAGCCCGGUUCGGAUUUGGUGCCAAGAAAAAGGCAGCACCCAAGAAAGCCUCUAAAAUUGUACCAGACAGACCAUUGUGGUUUCCUGGUGCAAAGGCACCAGAGUAUCUAGACGGAACACUUGUCGGUGAUUACGGGUUCGACCCUUUUGGUCUGGGAAAGCCAGCUGAGUAUUUGCAGUUUGAUUACGAUGAAUUGGACCAGAACGUAGCCAAGAAUUUGGCUGGAGAUAUCAUCGGAAGCAGGAUCGAGAGUAUUGAUGUGAAUCCUACACCUUUUCAGCCUUAUGCUGAGGUGUUUGGACUGCAGAGGUUCAGAGAAUGUGAGCUCAUUCAUGGAAGGUGGGCUAUGUUGGCUACUCUUGGAGCUCUUGCUGUCGAGUCUCUCACUGGUAUCACUUGGCAAGAUGCCGGAAAGGUAGAGCUAAUUGAGGGAUCAUCGUACCUUGGCCAACCACUCCCAUUCUCCAUUACUUCACUGAUAUGGAUCGAAGUUCUUGUUGUUGGAUACAUUGAGUUCCAAAGAAAUGCAGAGCUUGACCCUGAGAAGAGACUCUACCCUGGUGGCAGUUUCUUCGACCCACUUGGCCUGGCAGCUGACCCCGAGAAGAAGGCCACUCUUCAACUAGCCGAGAUCAAGCAUGCCCGUCUUGCCAUGGUUGGGUUUUUGGGAUUUGCUGUCCAAGCUGCUGCCACCGGAAAAGGUCCCCUUAACAACUGGGCUACACAUUUGAGUGAUCCCCUCCACACUACCAUUAUUGACACCUUUUCCUCAUCCUGAGCUUUUCUUAUUACAUUUCAUUUCCAUUAUAUAUAAUCAUCUCCUUAUGGCUGAUAACUUUUUCCAUGUAUGGGGACUAAACAUUAUCUCUGUUCUCAAUCCUGUAUAAAUCGUAAACCCUGAUAGUUUCAGCAGAUUGUUAUAUAAUGGAAUGUUGGUGUACUCA